CACCACAAAUCUCUCCACCCAAAACCCCUUUCUCUUCAUUCUCCCCGACAACCUCAGACUUACAUAGUAACAAUUAUUGUCCCAUGGCUUCCAAAACCAACACAUUAAUUUCCCUUUUUCUAGUGCUAAACCUUCUAUUCUUCCCUCUUUCCAGCGCCUGCGGAACAUGUCCUAGUCCGAAACCCAAGCCAAAACCUAAGCCCAAGGGUUAUUGCCCUAAAGACACCCUAAAACUAGGUGUUUGUGCGGAUUUGCUAGGAGGGUUGCUCGGCAUCACCAUCGGAACACCGCCCAAAACUCCAUGCUGCACUCUCAUCGAAGGCUUGGCCGACCUUGAGGCUGCCGUUUGCCUUUGCACGGCCAUCAAAGCCAAUAUUCUGGGCAUCAACCUUAACGUGCCGCUUUCUCUUAGCUUGCUUCUCAAUGUUUGCUCCAAGAAAGUUCCCAAAGGCUUUGUUUGUGCCUAAACUACUACACGAUUUGUCGUUGUUUGCUUUGAUUGUUGUGAGUUUGAUGGGAUCUUGCUGUGCCCUUUACCACAGCUUCUCUAAUACUGCAUUUGAUGGUAACUUCUUGUUUCCUGUAUACUUAUGUAAUAAAAUGGGGAAAAAGGAAUGGUUUCUGUACGUAUUGUGAGUCUGUGAUUUUCAGAAGGUUUCCUAUUGCUUAAUUCUACUUGUGUAUGUAGCUAUUAAUGCUUUAAUUUUCUUUGCA